CCAAACAGAGGAGGGAAAAAGACCACAACAGGGCGCCAGUCUACAGGAGGGAAAUCGGCCGCAAGGUCUACAACAAGUCGCAAGGCGCCGAGGACUAGCACUGCCAGUAAUGCUGCAGCAGGAGUUAAAAAGCCACAUCGAUACAAGCCGGGCACAGUCGCGUUAAGAGAGAUCAGGAGGUAUCAGAAAUCGACAGAGCUACUCAUGGCGAAGCUUCCCUUCUCGCGACUGGUACGAGAAAUUUCAAUGAACAUGAUGUCGGCGUCCUGCGAAGUCACGCGAUGGCAGUCGCAAGCGAUACAAGCACUACAAGAAGCCGCAGAAGCCUUUCUGGUACAUCUGUUCGAAGACUCAAACCUUUGCGCCAUCCACGCGAAACGCGUUACAAUCAUGCAAAAGGACAUUCAAUUAGCACGACGGAUACGUGGAGCUUGG